AUGCCUGUAUGGAAUCAGAGUCAUUACAGCCGUGAUCCAACAGUAGAUGGGCUGAAAGAAGCCCUUGCCAUAAUUCCUCCCCCCGAACUCUUAGCCAACAUCAACGGCAUUCAAGAACGGUGGAAAGUCGCUGUCCUUGCCUUACUUGUUCAUCAACUACACAACGAUGGCGAUCACAUCAAUCUUACUCACGGAUUUCACUCUCUUACUUCAACUCACUACUGUACAGGAUCAUCACGGCCUGGUCCCACUCAGCAAACCAACCAACAGCAGCGGAUGACUCUUUGGCAGAUGCGCACUGAUCACACGAAGACUAUCCUGGCUCUUAUCUUUGAUCUGUGUACCGCACUUGAUCGGCUUACUGGUGGCUCAACAUUGUUUUUCCAUCACCCUGGUGCUACUGUUCCAGGUGGUGAUAUCACCCCAGAGUCGCUGAAAGCCGAUGUCUACGUUAACCCAAGGGUGCUUGCAGAGAAUGAGGAAUUACAUCAAAUUGUCGCAGAGCUAUCUCAGUUUUUCAUUGAGCAUUUUGCUACGCCUCUCGCACAUCGCUUUGCUACUUGUCAUACCCUCAACAAUUGGCCAGCAUCCAGUGGAUCUAGCACGACACCAUCACAUUCCUCUACAGCGAAUUACAACCGUGUCCCCCUCGUCCCUGCACCACUCAUCAACUCAUCAUGCCAUUUCCAUGUUCGAGGCCGUCCUUCCAGCAGCCUUGCCCAGCUUAUUGGUCUCAACACCACCCUUCUAUCAGUUGUUCCACAGGGGUCGCCCCUUACCUGGAAUACGAAAGCUGUCCCUAUUUUUUUGGCACCAGCAGAUCCGAACACGUCAAACAUUCAGGCAAUUGAUUUGCGGAAAUCUACUAAACGUCCUGUGGUCGUCUAUGAGUCUGAAGAUGAAGAUGAUGGUUACCCUGAUACCAGCCCUAUUACUCCCAUUAGGAACAAGAGCGCUGUUAUCCCGUCAGCUAUGAAAGUCAGCAAACAGAGAGCUCUGCAGUUGCCAUCUCCACAAGCUGUUCAACCUUCCUCCUCACUUCAGCGCACAAUCCCUCUGUUGCGGGUCCAGCACGAGGUCUUAAGAUCAUUCGGUCCUGAAACGGAGGAAGUCAUCGAUACACUCGGGCUCCCCGACACAUUACAUACAAUAUGCGCUAAUAUUGAGAAGGCAUCUCUACCGAAACGGUGGGUUGCAAAGCUAAUGGAGGAGGCCGGUCUUAGUAUGGAACAAGCUGAAGCAAUUUCAGAGGCUAUGCUGCAGGAUGCUGGUUUCUUUUCAUGCAAUAGUGCACAAGUUGGGCGCACAAAGAUGUCAGACAUCAUCAAGGACAAGGCCGAAUACGAUGAGCUUACGGAAGAUGAAAAGAAGGCUCUCGUUGCAGAGUUUGACGAAUUCAAAAGCCAUGCUGCCAAACAUCCACCUAAUAUUACAGCUUGCACUAAGUCAACUGAGUGUGCGAAAAGCUUUCAGGCUCUCGAGGCACUUUCACAAUGCGCUGGCAUAGAGGCCUUUGUGUUUAUGGUUUGCAGCACAUCUGACUUUCAGAUGACACCGAAGGCAUUCUUUACCAGUGCUGCCUGUGAGCACUUCAUGCGCAUCUACCUGCGGCGUGAUGCUGCACGUACUGCCACUGACUUCAAAAGUGCAAUGCUUUCGAAGGGGAUCUUUACUUCUGCAGCGACCAACCAUAAGAAUCGUGUCAUAGAAGCGAAGCGAAACAUUCGUGCCGGUUUGCGAGCAUCUCUUUGUGAAGUUACCAAGGACGCAUCAGCAACUGUAGAGUUCACUCGCUAUGAAGUUGCAAUUGUCCGCAAAUAUCACAUCAAACUCGUAGGUUGGAACCACCCCCAAUGGGCCAAUCCGUCUGAUCUGAAGGGUGGGAUUGAGGCACUCGAGAAUGUUGUUGCUGCCAUUGCUAACAAUACCUGCCGCUUUGUUGAGAUUACAGCAGAUGAAGUAGAAGAACACCGACAAAAAAUUGCAGAUGGGGCAGUUCUCACACCUGAAACCAAGCCCCGCCUUCCACCACCACCUACUAGUACCCUUAUCUUGUCACCACCCUCUCAGCCUACACCUUUGUUGUCCGCAGAGCCCUGCCUUCCACCACCACCUACUACCCUUAUCUCGUCACCGCCCUCUCAGCCUACACCUGUAUCGUCCGCAGAGCCCCACCUUCCACCACCACCUACUACCCUUAUCUCGUCACCGCCCUCUCAGCCUACACCUUUGUCGUCCGCAUUAGGUGAUUUCGGUGAUUCUAUUUCAGCUUCCAGUGCUUCCUCGGCAUCAGAUUUUUUGAUUGACACACACAAUUCAUUUGAUACCUUACCAGAUGUAUCACAGUCGGAGUCUCGGCCAUCAUUACCUAUUAGCUCAAUCACCGAUGAUCUGGUAGACCCAAGUCUUCUCGCACUCAGUAGAGAUACUCAAAAUACUGCCUACAAUGAUAGCGCGCCCCCAACAACGAGUCAGCUCCCUCUCCACCGCAACAAAAGGCUGUCAGAUGCUGUGGCACCACAGCCACACACAAAACAUGUGAGAAAAUUGACAGAGAAACAAGCAGCGCUUGAGGAUGCUAGGAUAGAUUCUGAGUGGCAGAGGAAGAGUAAGAAAAAAGGGACUUGA